AUGCCCAUCUCAGGUCGUCCUCCUUCUAACACGGUUAUUCUUAGUAAUCUGGAUCCUGCUGCAACGGUCAAUGAUGUACAGGUUGCAUGUGGUACGUUUGGACCUGUCGUCAGAUGUGAAUUAGUUAGGGAUCAUCUAGGUCGAUCUUGUGGUGAAGCCGAAAUAGAAUUCUUAGAUCAUCGAUCAGCAUUGGAUUGUAUAGCAAGAUAUGACAAUGAAAAAGUCGAUCAUCGGAUCAUCAGAGCAACUCUUCGACAUCCACCUGCAUACCCUACUGUACGUUCAACUAUUGCACCUACUCGAUCAGGAUAUAGAACUACGUAA